AUGUGUUGGACAAAAGCUAUGAAAGAAAACGCAUUACGGGCGUACUAUAGGGUGAAAGGGGAAGAAACUGUAGGAAUAGCGUAUAGGGCUCGGACGAAUUGCUUUUUUGCUGAGCUGGAGCCUUCUAUUCCCGUCACGGAACAAAACCUGGCAGACCGAGCUCGGUACAUCAUGCGCUCGAAAAUAUUUGAUGAUGCCGAACUCGAACGACUACGACGUGAGGCUAUUCCAUCAUCGAAUGAAUCGGCUAUGGCUGGGGAUGCAGCUCCACAUGCGACAGACCAGCAUCCACACGUGGAAAACGCCAUGGAUCUUCCAGUUGUGGUUGAUUCGAACGACAACAAAAUAGUCUCCCACGAACUAGAGCAAAUGAGGAGCAUAUUGGAUGAGGCGAUUUUGGAAACGCGCAGCACCCCUCUCGAAAAUUGA